AGACACACUGGCUAGGACAGAAAUUUACGAUGAAAUUGAAGCUGCUCCUUUUAGCAGAUUGGGAGUUUCAGGUUUGAGGUGGCGAAGACGAGAAAAAAGCUGGAUCCAAGAUGAUGCAGGUGUCUCCUUCAGGAUUUAGCCAGGCCUGUUGUGCCAGUUUACAAGGUCAGAAUCUUGCACGUACGGGCCGGUGCCAGAUUUUUGCCUAUAUAACAGCGCCUUUGGCAAGCAUUGAAAAACGCUACUAAGCGGUACUACCAAGCCAGAACAAGUCUCCUGAUAUUUUCUGGGAAUCGCAAGAGAUCACGUUCGCUCUUCAUACGCAGAGCACAAGCCGAGCGGCCGGAGCAGUGCCCCCCGCGCAGCACAGCCGACCUGCCGGCCUGAGGGCAGCGGAGCGGCCGCGGCAGGAUGUACCAGGGACACAUGCAGGCAGUAGGUGAAACCUUGAAGAAAAAGUGGCUCUGUCUUCAAAAAAGUGACCUGACCUUUGCUUUGGGCAAAGGCGCUAGGGCGGCCGAUAAGGCUGUGGCCAUGGUGAUGAAGGAGAUUCCGAGGGAGGAGUCUGCAGAAGAAAAGCCCCUCCUCACUGUGGCAUCCCAGGGGUGCAGAAGCCAAAAGGAAGCAGAAUCAAGUGAAAAACUGGUGAAUGAGCAGCAGGAGAGCAGACCCCUCCUGAGCCCCUCCAUUGAUGACUUUCUCUGUGAAGCUAAGCCAGAAGCUGUUGCAAGGCCUGUAACAUCGAAUACUGCAGUAUUAUCAACAGGUCUGGAUCUCUUGGAUCUUAGUGAACCUGUCUUACAAACCCAAAACAAAGCAAAGAAAUCAGAGAAUCCUUCAAGAACUGAAGGCUUAAAAGCUUCAACCCACAGAAAGAAGACAGAGAAUCCUGACCUGAUCAGUGUGGAUUCUGAGCAGAAAGUCCAGGCUGCCAGAGUUGCAGACAAGUCUUCUCUAGAUUUAGUUGAUAUUCAGACACAGAUAGAGAAAUGGGAUGAUGUCAGUUUUCAUGGAGACAGGAGUAGCAAGGUCCACCCUUCUGCAGAGAGAACAUCAUCAUCAUCCAGAGCUCCAUCAAAAGAGAUUUUAUGGUCCACAGAAAACAGAUCACAGUCUGAGCUGGCUAAUGUCAAGAGUGCCUUGGACUCUGAUUCAGCAUCAGAAUUAGAGCUUGCACCUGCAAUACAGGUGGGGGAGCAGUGUGGUCACAGGACUUUUUCCUGCUGGAAAAGGAACUCUAAUACGGAGGGCUCUGGGCUAAAGGCACGGUCAAGUAAGGAGCAGCGUUGGGGAACACCUCUUCUCUCCAGAAAUCACUCCUUGGAGGAGGAAUUUGAAAGAGCAAAGGCAGCUGUUGAGUCUGACACAGAGUUUUGGGAUAAAAUGCAAGCAGAAUGGGAAGAAAUGGCUCGCAGAAACUGGAUUUCAGAGAACCAGGAAGCACCAGGGCAGGUCACCAUCUCAACCAUCGAGAAGGGUUAUUAUUUCCACACUGACAAUCCCUUCAAAGACUGGCCUGGUGCUUUUGAGGAAGGGCUGAAAAAAAUGAAGGAAGGUGACCUGCCCGUUACAAUCUUGUACCUGGAGGCUGCAAUUCUCCAAGAGCCCAACGAUGCUGAGGCCUGGCAGUUCCUGGGUAUAACACAGGCAGAAAAUGAAAAUGAGCAGGCAGCCAUCGUGGCCCUCCAAAGGUGCUUGGAACUGCAGCCAAACAACCUGAAAGCUCUGAUGGCCCUGGCUGUGAGUUACACCAACACUGGCCAUCAACAAGAAGCCUAUCAAGCCCUGAGAAACUGGAUAAAGCAAAAUCCAAAAUACAAGUACAUAGUGAGGAGCAAAAAAGGGUCCCCAGCACUUACAAGGAGGAUGUCUAAGACAGCAGAUGAAAGCUCAUUACUCGAAGAAGUAAAGGAUUUGUACCUGGAGGCUGCUCACCAGAAUGGUGAUAUGAUAGACCCUGACCUGCAGACAGGACUUGGGGUUCUUUUUCACCUGAAUGGAGAAUUUAACAGAGCAAUAGAUGCAUUUAGUGCUGCUUUAACUGUUCGACCAGAGGACUACACGUUGUGGAACCGCCUUGGGGCAACCUUGGCCAACGGGGACCGCAGUGAGGAGGCUGUGGAGGCUUACACACGAGCUCUGGAAAUCCAGCCUGGCUUCAUCAGGUCCAGGUACAACCUGGGCAUAAGCUGCAUCAACCUAGGGGCAUACAGAGAGGCUGUCAGCAACUUCCUCACUGCUCUCAGUUUGCAAAGGAAAAGCAGGAAUCAGCAGCAAGUUCCCCACCCUGCUCUGUCAGGCAAUAUUUGGGCAGCACUUCGGAUUGCUCUGUCUAUGAUGGACCAGCCAGAACUAUUCCAAGCUGCCAAUGUGGGUGAUCUAGACAUUCUCUUAAGAGCUUUUAAUCUAGAGCCGUAAUAAAAAGGAUUCAAAAAUUUAUUGAAUUGUAUUAGGAAACAGAGAACUUUUUUAUUACUCAUCCCCAAAUGACCACAUUUUCCAAAAGAUCAUGACUGUAGAUCAGUAGGGGAAUUCCUUCAGGCAUUAUUCAUAAAGGGAAAGUUCAAAAGCACAAAAAUAGUGUAAAUAAAUUCAAACUCAAAGGGUUGAAAUGAGCUGUGGCUAAUCGGACAAAGCCCUGAACUAGACAAAAUAGCAAUUUCUGAAGAAUCUCCAUCCCAUGCAAGCUAUAUCUCUCUAUAUACACACAGCUGUAAAAAGAAAAGCAUCUUAAGAAGAAACCUAGAUAAUGGUUAUUGCACCUUAGAAUGGCAAGCAGUGCAUCCAAGGAACCUGCUUAGUGGCUCAUUGCACUAUGCUGACACCACUUUGCCCCACAGUGGGGAUUCCCUGUCCUUUGGUUUCUUUGAUGAAAAAUCUUCCCAAGGUCCAUUUUUAACACAGCUCUGAAAAUAGAUGCAUGUAAAAGGGAUGUUUUUUGUCUUGAAUGUAUUUAUUAGCUGGCAAUCAGUUUUUUGCUUCCAAAGGUACCUGGAUUAAUUUGGGCCCAGCUCUGCAGGCUCAUAAAGCCAUGUGCAGUGUCAGGAGGAACACAGUCCAUGCAGGGCUAUGGGGUGAGGCCAGGUACAUUUGGGGAAGCCAAGUGUUGCCAGCAGAAGAGGCAAUUUGCACUGGAACUGUUGCUGUUCAAACCAGCUGUCCUUGAUCUGGGACAGUCUGGAGGAGCUCAUGGCAGGGUCUGCACCUUUCUGUGUACUUAUGCACUUUAACCUUUCUUUUUGUAAAAUAGUGCUAUGCUUUUGUUUUAGUCACCAACAAUGGAAUGUACAGGAUGGCCUUGUUGGCAGAAAGGACCAAAUAUAAUUGCCUGAAAUGUAAUGAGAGGGUUUUCAAUAUUUUUCUGUUUAAAAAUGCAAAUACAGUGUAAACUGCAUUAACAACUAGCAAGAUUAUUAUGUGCAUCCAUCAGGUACUACACGUAUACAUGCAUGUGCAUGCACAUACAUGUUGUAUGUAAAUGAUGUCAUUUCAGAACAUAGCAAGCUACAGAUCUUCAUUGCACACAAAUAAAAAUAUUUGUGGGAAUUACUGCCUGCAGACCAUGCUCAAGGGAAAACUUUCCCUAAAGAAAUUGGUCUGUACAAUGCUGGUAGGAUUGAGGCCAAGUCUUGAUCCUGCUGUUAUGGCAAACAGCAGCAAAAGUCUCCACAACCUCCAUGAUAGCAGAGAAAAUCCUUAGGUAACACCAGUAUGUGUUGCUGCUCACAAAAGUGUGUAUAAACACACUGUUUUCAUUUUGCCUGGCUGCAUGAAUGGGGAGCAGGGCUGGGGCAGUACCAAUCCCUGAUGAAUGGAUUGAUUCAGCUACAAUCAAACACAUUUAGCUCAGGGUGAAUGUGUCAAUCAAAGAAAGCAGAGAAUUUUUUAGGAGGUGAUUUUCAGUUGCUGAUAUUUUAAAUAUUUUUCCUGAAUAGCGAAAGAUAAAAAGUGUUAUUAGAUGUGUUGAUCUGUGGUCAGGAUUUCAAUUUGCAGAGUAGCUACUAGAAUGUGUUAAAGUGGGAUAAAUAGCACAUUUCCUAUAAACAUUAGAAGAAAAAUCCAGCUCAGAGGGAUAAAAAAAGAAAUCCAACUGCACAGAUCACAAAGAUGCUAUGUGGGAGUUGGACAGUUUCACCAGUACAAACCUAAAGUUUCUUGCAGCUGUCUGUUAUUUUGAGCAACCACUUAAAGGAAAAUUCCAUGUAAGACAGUGUAAGCACUGCAUCUAAUCACCAUCUAUAGGUUGUUAAAUGAAAAUAGAAAAAUAAAAGGCUUACCCCUCACUCUCUCCCACUGAGCAGAGAUGUCGAAACAGCUACCAAAAUUUUUAAGAAUGCUUUAUCAAUUCCUUGUUUACACAUAUAUUCCUGUUUAUCUAUCAGGUGUUUCAUAACUGAUUCCUGCAGCUUUCUCUAAGGAUGGGUCUGCCUGGGAAUGUCACUUUGGCUAAGUGGGCUGCUGUAUGCAUAUCUGCUGACAACAGUUUGCUCUUUUGCUUUGACAGAGAUGUGUGAUGACAGCUCUUUAUUGAUAAGGCAGAGCAGAAGGUGCAGUGCAAUUGAAUCUGGGAAGUGAUAAGAGAGAAGGGAGGCAGCUUUGAGAAGAGGCUGUAAAGCAAAGGCAUAUGUGCUUAGGUUUGCCUUGAUGCCCUGCCAUCACACAAGCUCUUCUAGGAUAUCCUUUGUGCUGGGGUGCAGGAUAAUCAGUGCUUGUGCAGAGGAAUUAGCUGUUCAGGGACUUUAUUUUUACAUCUUUGGAAUUAACAAAAAAAAAGUAUUUCUCAGAGUCAGAAUGACAAGGGGUAUUUGAUCCUCAUGGCAGUUCACUAAACAUGGGUAACACAGAAAUCAUUAGGAAAACUUUAUGCAAAUCCAAGCCUCUCCAAAAAGAACAAACUAAGUAGGUAGCUUUUGGUUUAUCCUGGGAUGCACUGCUCAAAACUACAUUUCUCUGCUGACAUAUUUCCACACCCAUGGGACUGGCAGGAGCUGUGUGUGUAACCUUGAGCCAACUCAGCAGGACUCUGCCCUGCCAGGCAGGCUCAGCCCCAGCCCAGCCCAGCUCUGCUGUACAGGACAUGGGCUGCAAAGCCUGGCCAAAGAGGUGCACAGCCUGCAGAGCUGAUCCCAGCUGCCCUCUCUGUUGUAGCUAGCCUAUGGCCAGUCAAACAUGUGCCACUGACAGAGCCUAAAGCAGGGCAGGGGACAGAGGACAGGGGCACAUCUCACACAGUUCUGGGCUGGCCAGUGUGGGGAGUGGCCAGAGACUGAGCUCACCUCACUCUAACAGGCCAGGCCCAGCAACUCUUGGGAUUUCUGGGCACUUCCUAAGGAUCCUGGGCUUUAUCAUCCUCCUUUAGCCCCCUCUGCCAAGAACUGUCAGCGCAGCAGACAGGAUUAGGUACAGCUUUGAGCUGACCUCCCCUUGGCUUUCCUUAAAUAUUCAGGACAAGUUUGUAUAUUUGCCUGAAACAGUAAGAGGAAACAUGUGAGGAGGCUGCAGCAUAUUAAGAACCUGAAUAGAAAAUUCAUCUACUUGUGCUUCUAACCAAGCAUGAGGUGGGAUAAAUAAGGCGGGUGCUGAACAGUAGCAGAUUGAGCCUGAGAGUGAGAGACAGCAAAUAUGGGUCCUGUUCUCAGCACUCCCUGGGAGCUCGACCAAGUCAAAGCCUCCUGCCAUCCCUGACUUGCCCAGGUGUGCAAGGAAGGAAGGAAGAUGGGAAACAGCAUUCCUGGUACUACCUGGGAGCAGGGGAAAUCACUGCCUCACACUGCAGGGGCCGGGUCACCCCUCCCUGGGCAGGAAGGUGACACAAACACAAGGCUGCUCAGGUCUAGGGAAGCAGUUUCACCCAGAGACUCCUGAUUUCAGCAGAGGAGAGAAUCAGACAUUUCAGGGUGCUAUAGAGCACCUGUGAGUUGAGGCCCAAUUAGAGUGCUGCAUUGGUGUAUCACCAUGUCCCACUCCUGUUUCCCUUUCUUGUUACUCCUCUCUUUUUCCAGAGGUGAUUAUCACUGCCAGGCAACUGAUUCCAAGUUACUGAAACUUUUUUUUCCUAUUUUAUAUUUCAUACAAUUAAAAAAAAUAAUUUUCCUAACCCCAGCUUGGGACUGCCCUUGUGUUCUACAAAGCUUUAGGAAUAGUUAUGACCUAGAAGCCUGAUCCAUCAAGCUGCUGACCCCUGUCAGCCUGGACUCUGCACAGAGUGCUCAGUUCACAUGCAGGUGUUCCAGGAGAGGGCUGGCUCUGGCACCACUGCACGUGCUGAACAGGCACUGCAAGCACAGGGGCUGUUGAGGGAGUGAGGCUUUGCCAUGAAGGCAAAAGGCUCAUUGCUGGCUGACUUCUUUAAACUGGAAUGACCGCAGGAGCCUUGUGGCCACAGACUGCUUUCUGCCAGCUUGUUUGACUUUUAGGCACACACAUAAACAUACCUGUAUCUAGUGGUGUUUUCUUAUGAUCUGCUAAAUCACAGCACUUGUAAAAAUAUCGAGGGGGAGGUUCAAAUGACACAAACCUCAUGUGACAAUAUUGCAUGCAACUGCAUUAACCAGUAACCACUAUGCAAUAUUAACCCCAGCAUGCAGCAGUGCUACCUGAGCAUGUGUUUAGAGAAUGCAUGCAGAAGGCUCACUCGUAGGGUAUUCUUAAACUAUUGAUUCAUAUCAUCAUCUGUGGAACAUUUUACAAGUCCUUUGCAUCUGCCAGACUCAAAUCUGAGUUGUUCAUAUUACCUGGAACAGCCUAGACCAAACACAGAGCCCUUUUAAAAUCCCAUCCUUCGAAUUCACUUUGUGUUGUAGGUUUCAUGUUUGCUCCAAGUGUUUAAUUAAUAACAGACAUCUGUAUAUCAGCUUUUGUAGACAUAUUUUAGUACCCCCUCAAGAAUUAAAAAGUUACAUCGGCACAGCUUUCACAGUGAAGCUGGGUGGUUUGGAUUUUCACAUUUUCAUCUCUAGUCUCAACCCCAGAACAGCCAGGUAUCCCAGGAAUAUCCACAGGGCCUCCAUGGCAGAAAUAACAACUGCUGUCCUCACUGGCACAGCCAGAGCCCGAGGCCUAAAUCACUGACUGCUGGAGCCAGUGAGAAAUGGAGCAGAGCAUAAAUUGGUUGUAGAUCUCUUUUGCCCAAACAUGCAUCUGCAAAACGAGACAUAUUAGUUACUUUCGCAUGAAUUACCUGCACAGUCAAAAAAAUGUGAUUUCUGGUCACCAGUGUUGUCAGCUUAGCAGUCUGUACAGUGAAUCUAUGUAAUAAAUGUUAAUAAUAUACCAAUUAUUCACAAAAAUGGUAAGACAAAAUGCACUGCACGUUGUGAAAAAAAAAAAAGGUGGAUAUGCAAUACAGUAUUAUCUACUAUUCAAACCUUACCUAGGCUAGAAUCAGAUUCCUUCAUUAUGGUUCUACUGAUUUUUGGACUGGUGAAAUAAAUCAGAGAACAGGAGUGUUGUGCAUGAAGAGGUCACUGACACUUUGAACAAACGUAGGAAAAAUUAAAAACAGUCAUGCCAGAGAAUCCAUGGGAAGUUUCAGAGCCUCAGCCCACAAAGUAACAGGCAUUAGGCAAGGUAAAGAGACAGAAGGAAUCUAAAUUUUCCUAAAAUAUGCUGUAACUUUACAAAUGCUUGCAGUAUGUGACAACCCAUUGAGCAAGCUUGCAUGGUCAAGACUUGAUGUGCUUUGAUCUCUUUUCCCCUUCUACAUUUACAGAAUGCCAUCGACAUUGGCUGAACCUUUAAUUUAAAUAGCCUUUUUAAUAUCAGUAAGCUAUUGUAAAUUCAGAAAAAUAAAAAAAAUUUAUAAAUAUAUUUUAUAUAUCAGAGUAUAACAUAUCUAGAGUAAAAUAAAACUAUAUAGUUUUGAGAGGCAUUCUGUGUGGCUUCUUCUAUAUGCUGUAAACUGUUUGAAAACCUUUGCAAUCUUGCAUCAGUUCUUUUGGCUUUAUUUUUAAGCCAACAUAGAGGAAGGAAGUGAUUCCAGGGUUGGCAGAUACUUUCACCUGGGCCAUCUGAAGAGCCCUGCUGCUGCACACCCUUGCAGAGCUGCCUGAACCCCUGGUGUCUGUGGGGAAGUGCAGGGCAGGGCUGGGCAGCACUGCCCAGGUGGGAGCUCAGCCCCACACCUGAAUGUUUACAUUCCCUUACAAAGGCUCACCCUGACCCAGAUUCAGAAUCUGAAUGUAAGAACAUACGGGGUACAAGGUCAGUUUCUUACCACAGGUAACUCUGCCUCUGUAUGCUUAGUGCAUUAUCAGCUGUGUAUAAUAUUAAACACAGACCUAGAGUUUACUGAUGCUUUAAUUUGGUGUUUCCCUGCACUGCUGUUUAAAAUAACCUAUUUCUUCAAAAAAGAAUGAUGUGCAUACUGGAUGUGUUAAAUUUAUUAAGGUCAUAGAUGACUAUUUGCAAAGCACCACACUUAAUGUAGUAUUUUUGUACUGUAAUGGAAGCAUGCCUUCCUUGGGUUCUUUUCCACAUAUUAAAUUGUAUUUAUUAACUGUAUUUAUAACUGUGCAAUUUUUAAAUAUGUUUUAAAAAUAAACUUUGUCUGUGGCUUCAAAUAUUUCAAAAUCUCUUUUCAACUUGAAAGGGUCUUGAUUUCAAUUACUUAAAACUGAAAGGAGGGAUCUAAGUCUCCAACUGAAAGGAUUUUUUCAAUAAGGUAUUCUAUCCUAUUGUUUACCAAUUGCACAUGCUUCUCUGCUUAAAAGUUAAGUCCAGAAUACGCUUUUGUUCUCAUUUUUCCUAAAUUCAUUGUUUCUCUGCGGCACAGUUAUUUUUAGAAUUUAUUUUUAUUUCAACAUGUCUGUCAAUUAUACUUACAACUGGAAUUUACACCAGCUGAGGCCUGGCCCAAAGGGUUCUGCACAUACAGCCCAUAUGAGGAAAAUGGGAAAAAAUAGAUAAGGAUUUUCCUGAAGACGGUGCAAUAAUUAAAACAGAAGUCAUAAUAUCAGAAACCAACCUUUAUGAAAAGCAAAGCCAACAUGCAGUGACUGAAACCACUACUCAAGCAAUUUCCCACAUACCACCAUAGGAGUUGGCUCUCAGCAUUUUCCAGCUCUGUCCUUCAUGGGAUGAGGUGAAAGUGCUGACAAGGCUGAUGUCAUUCCUACUCUGUGCUUUUGCUGUGAGACACCAACACAAGCACAGACACGAGGGAUAAAAGUUCCUGUGUGCUGCUGUGGACAGAAAAGCUGACAGGCAACGGGGGGCUGUGACAGUGACAGCACAGACAUGGAAAAAGCAGGACUCUCUCUCCAUGGACAUGGGGGCUGCUCCAGGAAAACAAACAGAACACACAACCUGCAGAAGGAAAGCUCUGCCAGAAAAAAACAACCGGGUAAAACCUAUGGCUUUAACCAGAACCUUCCACCAAGGAACAAACGAGAACAGACACAAAAACCACACUAACCCUUAGAUCAGGACAAAAUUAACUGUGAGCUCUUGCCACUGGUGUGUUUUGCUGGGAGAUGUUAAAGCUAGUUUAGUUCUUCUUGCUCAAAUGCACUGACAAAGCAGCAGCAGGAAAAUCCUUUGGUUAUGUGCUCCAGAUCAGGAGCACAGCACUGCUGUCCUAAAAGACAGUAGGAGAAAAGCACCAGUACCAAAUCCACGCACAAAACUGCUCAAAAAUCACUGCUAAAGACAUCUGAAAACAUAAUCACCCACUCCAAACAGCUGUCAGUCCUGCAGUAACUGUUUUAAAUCAUUUUACAGCAUUUGUCUUCCACCACAGCUGUCAGUGCUGCCCUUCUUUGGGUUAGGCUUGUACACCUGGGGGACACAAAGGUGCAACUUCCCACUUCAGUGAGGGGGAGCAGAGGCUGGGAACUUGUCAGUUAUCCAACACUGCCUCCCACAAACAGUCUGCAAAAGCCAGCAGGCACAAAUCCUAUACAGGAAAUUAAUUCCUGAAAAUUUUGAGCAGAGCUGGUUAGCUUCUACAGGGAACCACUCUCCCACCUCUUCCAGUUGCCACCAGUGGUGUGAGCAGCGUGGCUUGAGUUGCCAUGGUCACAAAGGACAUCUGUGAUAGAAGAGAAACCAAAACAGAUCAUUUAGUUAAGACUUCAGAAGCUCAACCAUCUCUACAUUUCUUAUCACUCAACAUGGCACAUGCCCUCUAAUUCCAUGUUAAGAAGUGUCACUGAGCCCAGAUUUACCUCUUACCUCUCUUCCAGUUGCUGGUCCUAUGAUCCUAUAAAAAGUUGUCACCCCUCAGUCUUCCUUUUCACCCUAUUGCAUCUACCAGAAUCCCAAAAGUCACAUUUCUAUGAAAAGUCCUUACACGUGAGGAAAACAGACUUCUCCUUUACUGAGCAGCAGAAGAAAUUUCUGAGUAUGAGGAAUUAUAGACCAUGAUAAAGCAGAAAUUUGGAGUGAAAUGACAGCACUAUUCCACACAAAGUGCCAACUCUUGCGAUCAAAGAACACCAACAGGCCUAAUAGUUAAAAACAAACAAACCAAUCUAACUCAAAGCUUGUUUCAUAUUUUUUGCCGUGUUGUAUAUUCACUCAGGGAUUGGGGGUUUUACUUUUUUUUUUUUUUUUUUUAAAUCCACAGAAAUGCCAGGAAUCACAAGAAAUCAAGACUGUCACAAACCUCUCUGUUCCCUAUGCAGGGCCUUUUUAAGUAAAACACCAAAUGUGAACACAAAGAAUGAGAGGCAGCAUCAAAACACAUCCUGUCUAUUCCUCUUCAGUUCAGACAGGAAUAAAGAAGCAAGAAUCCACACAGUCACCAGACGUGAGAAUAUUUCUUUUUAAUUUAAAACAGUUGCAACAACGUCAUUCACAGCCUUUCUCAUCUCAGACAAAUACUCUCCAGAAAGUUAACAGUGCUUCAAGCAAACAACUCUGAAUGAUGCAAAGUAAACCAGGACAGACACUUCCAGGAUACAACAGUAAAACCACUAAGACUGAAAUCAGACACCAAUCUCAGCCAUUAAGGUAGGAAGGGCGACAGGGAAAACAAUAAAAUGUCCAGUUACAUAUUUUGCAUAGACUUCCAAUGCAUGAGAACGGCAAAGAGGAUUAAAAUGGCUGCUGCCAGGAUGGAGAACAAAAGGAAUCAGUUGCAGAGGUCUCUAAAGAAAUCUAAUGAGCUCUGGAUGCAUCCACAUGCUGAAUGUGUUCUGUGACCUGGUGGAGGCUGUCUGAAUCAAAGAACUGGGCUGAUGUUGGUUUCACUUACACCAAAGUCAGUCAGAGGUAAUGGCACUGAACCCAGUGGAGUUACAAGUGAUUGGGAGUUCAGACACAUCUACACUUAUUUUAAAACUACAGGUCUGAAUAAAUUAAUGUUUAUCCUAAUUAUAUUUUAUCUAGGAAGAUUAAAUAGGAGUUUGUAUCUGCAUGUGUUUUGGAGACAGGAGACUGUGACUCAGAAUGAGGAGUCUACUGGAUCCAGCAUGCUGCUAGGAAUGAGAGGAGAAGAGGAAAUCAAGGAAAAGGUAUUGAGUUUUUCUUCCUUCCUUUCUCCUAACCUAAAUGUAUCAUAUAAAAAAGUAAAAAUAAGUUUGAGCAGUAAGAGCAUUAUUUACUGCCAGGUCCUGGCUUGCCGUGAUUCUCAGGCCAGAUUGUCUCUAACAGCUCACAGUGAUUUUUCUCCCUCCAUUAUUUUUGUCAAGAAGCUCCCAGCUCACGGAGCCCCCAGCAGCUGCUCCAGCACCCAGACACAGGGAGUGUGCCCAGGCUGUGCCCUGGCACCAUUCAGCACAUUCAGACUGCAGCAGGCACAGCCUGGCAGAUCAGUCCUGUCCUCAGUUCAGUCUGUUUGAGUGGGGCUUCUGCAAUCCUGGACUUUAAAAAAACCCAAAACCCACCAAAAAUCCUCUCCUCCCCAUUAGGCUGAGGAGUCAGGAGUUUAGAUCCUGAUCCUCCAGGUUCUUGAUGUUCUUCACACAAAAUCCAUCACAAAAAGGAGACAGCUUAACCAGCCACUUCAAAAAAGGAGGGAGGCCACUGUUUUGGGAGAGAAUAAAGUAAUUCCUCAAGCACCUGACUGAAGAACUUCUAACAUAUUUUUAACUGCUAAAUUUUAGAAAACCUGAAAUCCUUUCCCCUGGACUGCUCUCUGCACUCCUGAUUAACUUUGGUUUGGGCAGGCAAAACACAGAAGUGAUGAACUGAAAAGAACUCCAGGACCUGAGCUGCUCCAAUUCACCCACCACAGCCAGCCAAGGGCCCUCCCCUUCCAACCACACUUCCAGUUUAUCACCCAAAAUGUGCCUCCUGAGACCAGGCAGCUCCACAGCCAUCACAGCUCUGGGAUGCAUCAAACAGUCUGCAAGGUUUCAGCUCCAUCCCUGAUCCUACAAGACCAGCCAUACUUCCAGCUGGGUAUUGAACAUGUGGGUUACUCAGCUGGCCUUUAUUUACCCAACAUUUCUAAAUAAAAAGGCAGCAGUCACCAGAUCUUGGUGUUUCUAAAUAGCCCUUUAAGUUCAUGAGGCAAGAGGAAAGCUAUUGCGUUGAACUUCUUUGGAAUAUACAUGGGAAUUGAAAAAAAAUAUAUUUAAAAAUUAAAGGAAGGGGGAUAAAAAGGCCUUUUCUCCUUUUUCUACUGCCAGAAUGAAGAAACACACAUAUAUACAGAAGUUUUGCUCUUUCACUUUAAAUAGAAGAUGUAUCACUGCAUAAUUUGCUGAUCCCAUUUUCAAACCUGUCACUUUCUGGUGAAGUCCUCAAAUAUCUAAAAUCUGGAAGAAGCAAAGAAAUUACUGGCAGCUUUUAUUUCAUCCAGAACUGGUGGCUCAAUAAGCACAAGGCAGCUGAAUGUGACUGAGACCACUCCUCACUGUGCCAGGACACUGCACUAAUGUGUCCAUAAGAGCUCUAAUGCAGGGAGCUCUCCCAGAAAUUAGACACCUUUACACUCUGUAAAAUUAUUGCACUGGAAUUUCUCUCACAAUCUUUUAAGAUCAAAACCUGAUUAAAAUACCAACAGUGUUUUUUGGCUCUGUGAGUGGCUUUAUGACCACCAGACAAUGUAAAAACUAAAAUUCCCUUCUCACAGAUGUUUAAUUUGGGUUCUCUUAUGUAGUGUGUAGCUGCCUGAAUUUUGCUAUUAAAACUUGCAGGCACUAACAGCAGAGAAAAUGUAAUGACACCUCUCUGGCUCUCUUGCACUCUGGAAUAUUUUUUUUGACUGCUGCAAUUUAUUUUGAGGGCUUGGUAACAUUGUGCAAGGCAACUCCAGCAACAGCCUCUAAGCAGUGUCCAACACUGUGAACCUUUGGGUUUGUUCUUUUUUUGGAAUCAUGAAAAGUUUGCACUCACCAUUAUAAUUUUUCUAGAAUGAGUGUUUUUAAAUAUAAUUUUAAAACCCACAUAUGUGUUCUCACCUGUGAAAAACACUUAAAUAACACAAAAAAAAAAAA